GCCGGCAGGACCGGAAGUGGCCCUCUUUAGUUCCCCUCUUCACGUGGUGCGGGCGGGAAGUGACGCGAACGGCCCGGGAGCUGCGGACGCGGAGCCCGACGGAGCCAGAGUAGCGGACGCCGCGGGGUCUCCGGGACAGGAACCCCCAGUGCUGUGUCCAGAGUCUACAGGGGAAGGUUGCUGGGACCCUGGCCCCAUCUUGCCAGUGGAAUGUCAGCCACACUGGAUCUGAAAUCGAAGGAGGAGAAGGAUGCCGAGUUGGACAAGAGGAUCGAGGCUCUUCGGCGAAAGAAUGAGGCCCUCAUCCGGCGCUACCAGGAAAUUGAGGAGGACCGGAAAAAAGCUGAACUCGAGGGAGUGGCUGUGACAGCUCCCCGGAAAGGCCGCUCAGUGGAGAAGGAGAACAUGGCAGUGGAGGCGGAGAAGAGCUUGGGUCCCUCCCGGAGGUCUCCUGGGACCUCGCGACCUCCAGGGGCCAGCAAGGGAGGCCGGAUGCCCCCCCAGCAGGGAGGGCGGGCAGGCAUGGGCCGGACAGCCCGUAGCUGGGAGGCCGGUUCUGGGGAGCAGUCUCGAGGAGGAGCUGGUGGCCGUGGCAGGAGGGGCCGGGCCAGGGGGUCCCCUCAUCUCUCUGGAGCUGGAGAUGCCUCAGCUGCCGACCGCAAAUCCAAGGAGUGGGAGGAGCGGCGCCGGCAGAACAUUGAGAAGAUGAAUGAGGAGAUGGAGAAGAUAGCGGAGUACGAACGCAACCAGCGGGAAGGUGUGCUGGAGCCCAACCCGGUGCGGAACUUCCUGGAUGACCCCCGACGACGCAGCGGGCCCCUGGAGGAGCCUGAGCGGGACCGGCGGGAAGGCAGCCGCCGGCAUGGGCGCAACUGGGGGGGGCCUGACUUCGAGCGGGUGCGCUGCGGCCUAGAGCAGGAGCGGCAGGGCCGCCGGGCUGGCCUAGGCAGUGCUGGGGACAUGACGCUGUCCAUGACGGGCCGGGAGCGGUCAGAAUAUCUGCGCUGGAAGCAGGAGAGGGAGAAGAUCGACCAGGAGCGGCUGCAGAGACACCGCAAGCCCACUGGCCAGUGGCGGCGGGAGUGGGAUGCCGAGAAGACCGAUGGGAUGUUCAAGGAUGGCCCAGCUGCUGUGCUCGAACCAUCCCACCGCUAUGAUGACCAGGCCUGGACGCGGCCCCCCAAGCCCCCCACUUUCAGGGAGUUCCUGACCCAGCACAAAGCUGAGGUCAGCCGCAGGAGGAGGAAGAGUAGCCGACCCCAGACCAAGGCAGCCCCUCGUGCCUACAGUGACCAUGAUGACCGCUGGGAAACGAAGGAGGCAGUGUCCCCGGCCCCUGAGGCCCCCCAGCCCACUGCCCCUGAGGAGACAACCACGCAGCCGCUGGAGACCCCAGCUCCUCCUGCCCACCGGCCCCCUGAGGAUGAGGGGGAGGAGGGGGAGGGGGACGAGGGGGAGGAUGAGGAGUGGGAAGAUGUGAGUGAGGAGGAGGAGGAGGAAGAAGAGGAGGUCGAGGAAGAAGAAGAAGAGGCUGAUGAUGAGGAGGAAGAACCAGCCCAAGACCACCAACCUCCGGAGGCAGAGGCCACCAGAAGCCCUAUGGGAAGCCGCACCGGAAGUCCCACCGGAGGUGACCAGCCAGCCCCUGCCUCCCUGGAGAGUGGGCCCAGCCUCCCAGGAACCCAGAAAGCAGAGGAGGAAAGGUCUGACGCAGCUCCAGAGGCGGGCACCGAGGGCCAGGAGACCGCGGAGAUCACCGACUUCCAGAGGGCCUCCCCGAAUUCCUGAAGACGCUGCUGGGAGGGGACUGAAGCUUCCCCGCCUUGAUGGGGUGGGGGCGGCAGGAGGGGGUUAGUCUGGAUUCCCAGGCUGCGCUCUCUCCUCCCCGGAGACCGCUCUGAAUCCCGUGACUUUAGGGAGAGGGAGAAAUAGAGGGUGGUGGGGAGGAGUUGGGGAAGGGGCGUGAUUGGGUUGUGGGGCCCAGCUGGGACUUCGGGGGUGUUUAGGCCUCAGGACACUAAGUACGGAGGAGGUCCUGCCGGGGGCGUGGUUAGGAUGCCGGCGCCGGGCCAGAAGUCUGGCGGACGGAGUUAGAGCGCAGGAUGGCCUUAGAUGUGGAUGGAGCGGCGAGAGCCGGUUUAGAUGGGCGUUCCUAAUGCGGGUGUGGGGUGCAGCCCUCGGUCGGGGGCGUGUUCAGUACGGUGCUAGAACUAGUGGAGUGAGGCGGAGGAAAGGGGUGGAGCCUGGACUACAGAGCGCGAGUCCAGGGAGAGAAGAGGGUGGCUUCGAAUGCAAUAGAUUUCGAGUCUGAUUCAGAGAAAGGCAAGUUAGAAGCGGAGCGGGCCUGCGGGCUAAGGACUGGGGUGCUUUGUGAGGCUUGAACCUCGCAAGGCCGUGGAGCUCGGAGGCGGGGCUGGAUGCAUGGGAGAAGUCUAAAUCCCGAAAGGGGAUGGGGUUAAGGCUGGGGGAGGAGGCCAGAAAGGGGAGGGCGGGGCCAGGCUCUGGGCGGGCUCUCAGGUAAGAGGUGUGGGCAUCACACCGAAGCGGGGCGGUAGUCGGAAGCGCAGGGAGCUAUCUUUGCAGGCCCAGGGCGGGGUCAGAGCUAAGUGAGGGGUGGGGUCGGGACGCUAGUUAAGCCUUAGCUUGAUGAUGGUUGGCUAGAGACUGGGGAGGGGGCGGACCCAGAGCUCGGUGGAGACCCGCCCGUUUGGGGGGCGUGACCAUGCUGGCGGGGGCGGGGUUGGACGAGGGAGAUUUAGAACGCGGAGGCGGUCCUCCGAGGGGGUGGGU